AUGGCAGGAAAAUCAUCACAGACGGUCUGGAUGCUAAUAAUGCUUGUGUGCAUGGUAACACUGGUGCGUCCAGGGCUAGCUAGUCGGACACCACAAGUAACUCUAGCACCAGGAGGAAAUGGGUCGGAGAAGGAAGAGCUCGAGUGCUGGUAUGCUUUAUUGGGCGUAGAGGGUUGUGUGACUCAGAUUCGGGAGGCUCUUGUGCUUGCUAGUGUUGAUUUAAUUGAAGCUGCUUGUUGCGUAGCAAUUAAUAAAAUGGAAGACAGGUGCUGGGCAUUGUUGUUUCCCUGCGAGCCUAUUUACUGGGAAUUCCUCAAGAGCUGUUCUACUGAAACACUUGCGCUAGCGCCAGCGCCAGCACCCCAGUGA